AUGGACGACCCUGCGACAUGUUUCCUCCUCGACGACGCCGCGCUGUUCCCGGCCUUUCCUGGUACUUUUCCUCGCACCGCCAUACCGUCUCCGUGGUCCCCCCUCAUCCCGUCAGGCGCCGCGGAAGAAACAGAUCAGACCCCUCCGCAGAAAGACCAUAACCCCAUGAUUCCCGCCGCGACAUGCGGGGCGAGCGACCAGAACAAUAUAGGAGCAGCGGAGGGGGAAGACUGGGCCGCGGAAGGAGAGGGGGAGUGUGAAGCGGAGGUUGCAGAGGAGGCGGAGAGCAUGGGUGCGUCGCCUCUUCAAGGGACGCGAACGGCGGUAACCAUGGGGGGAAACGGGGGAGCGGCGGAAGGUGAGAAACAUGCGGAAAGGGCGGAAAGGGCGGAAAAGGCAGGCCCUUUGUCGGCAGCAGAUCGGGGCGAUGGCAAGCAAGGGUGCGGGGAACCUGGACUUGACGGCGAUCACGGAGAUGUUGACGGUUACUUUAACGAUAGCGGUGGCGUUGGUUGUGACGGUUGCGGUGACAGCCUGACAGCAAGCAACGGCAUCGCAGGGAUGGGUUCAGCGCAAGCAGACUGCGGGCGGCGAGUGGGGUCUCGAGAAGCACUAGCUGCCGCACACAGGGGGGCCGCGGCUGGCUCAGCGGUAGCAGCAGGAGCAGCAGGGGCAGCAGGGGUAGCAGGGGCAGCAGGAGCGUGCUUACCCGGUGGUGUUCUCCCCGUGUGGGCCCCUGUGACCCCGGCCAUCGUCGAGCCUGGCGCUGGCACACAGCACUGCCACGGCCACCGGCAGCAGCAGCAGCAGCAGCAGCAGCAGCAGCAGCAGCAGCAGCAGCAGCAGCAGCAGCAGCAAGAGCAACAGCAAGGGCGGCAGCAGCAGCAAGAGCAGCAGCAGCAGCAGCAGCAGCAGCAGCAGCAGCAGCAAGAGCAAAAGCAAGGGCGGCAGCAGCAGCAACAGCAGCAAAAAGAGCAAGAGCAAGAGCAAGAGCAACAACAGGAGCAACAACAGGAGCAACAACAGGAGCAACAACAGGAGCAACAACAGGAGCAACAACAGGAGCAACAACAGGAGCAACAACAGGAGCAACAACAGGAGCAACAACAGGAGCAACAACAGGAGCAACAACAGGAGAAACAACAGGAGCAACAACAGGAGCAACAACAGGAGAAACAACAGGAGCAACAACAGGAGCAACAACAGGAGAAACAACAGGAGCAACAACAGGAGCAACAACAGGAGCAACAACAGGAGCAACAACAGGAGAAACAACAGGAGCAACAACAGGAGAAACAACAGGAGAAACAACAGGAGAAACAACAGGAGAAACAACAGGAGAAACAACAGGAGAAACAACAGGAGAAACAACAGGAGAAACAACAGGAGAAACAACAGGAGCAACAACAGGAGAAACAACAGGAGCAACAACAGGAGAAACAACAGGAGAAACAACAGGAGAAACAACAGGAGAAACAACAGGAGAAACAACAGGAGAAACAACAGGAGCAACAACAGGAGCAACAGCAUGAGCAGCAGGAGGAGGAGCGGGAGUUUUCAUCUGGCAUGGUGCGGCUCAUUCACGACGCUGCUCACAGCCAGUUCAGCUUCCUGCAGCAACCAGUCGACCAACUCGCUGCAACCUCUCCCCGCCACCACCACCACCACCGCCACCGCCACCACCAACCGCCCUCCCCUCGCCCCUCGCCUCCCCCCUUGACGUCCCCCGCCCUCCCUUCCACGUUUGCCCCCUGCCCUGCCCUCGCGCCCUCGUUCUCGCGUCCCGUCCCCGCUGCGCCCUCAUCCGCGUUCCCGGUGGCAUCCGCAGCAGCGCCAGAAGCCACAGCCAGAGCUGCGGCAGCGUCGUCUCCUUGCCAGCCCUCCCAGGCUUCGGUUCCGUCUGUCUGUGGGCGUGCCACUGCGCGGGAGGUGGGGGGCGCGGGGAGGAGAGGAGAGGAGACGAGGGAGGGAGAGACGGGAACAGGAGAGAGUAUGAGGGGUACUGUGGGUGGUGCGUGGGAAGUUAGCCCUGGGAUCUCUGGGCAAGCGGUGGUUAGUGGUGGAGGAGGGUGGGGAGGGAUAGGGGAGGACGAGAGAGUUGGGCCAGCAGUGGUGGUGGCAGCAGAGGAGAAUGGUGGCGUAGUUGGGGGGAAGGUACAAGGCCGCACGACUCAGCAGGGGGAGCAAGCAGUGGCAGGCGCAGCAGCAGCAGCAGCAGCAGAAUUGACAGGCACAGGCAAGGGAGAGGGCGUGCGUGCUGCAUAUGCCAUGUCUGAACCUUCUCCUCCUGCUGCUCCUGCUGCCACUGCUGCUCCCGCUGCUCCUUCUGCUCCCACUGCUGCGGCUGCUGCUGCUGCACGUGCUGCAAGCGCGUCUGCCACGCGUGCCCUUGUCGCUGCUCGCCCUGCUCCGAGUGGCCUGCCUGCCUCCACUGCAGCGCCUCUCCCGCGCAAGCGCUGUGCCACCUGGACGUUUGGCGAUGCCUAUGGGGCCAUGGGAGGUGGCGGCAUGGGGGGUGAUAUAGGGGGCGAGAUAGGGGGAGCUAUGUGGGGAGCUCUUGGCGGCCCCCUUGCUGCUGCUUUUGAUGCUGGUGAAAUGGAACCUGGCUUCAUGGGGUCUGCUGCUGCUGCUGAUGCUGCUGGUGGCACUGGUGGUAAGAGUGCGGGAACGGAUGCAGGAGGAGGGGGAAGCUUGUGGGCGUCGCUUGAAGCGAUGCAGCAGGAACAGGAGCAGCACGCACAGCACCGAGAGCAGCCUGAACGGGGCCACUUGCACGGACAACAGCAGCAACAGCAGCCGUUGCACCAGCCGUUGCAACAGCAGCCUCAGCAGCAGCAGCAGCAGCAACAGCAGCAGCCUCAGCCUCAGCAGCAGCAGCGAAUGGCUGUGCGGCAAUCAGACGUGGACAAGUGGCAGAGUCUGGUGGCACAGCUGCGCACAGACAGCAUCAGUAUCGCCCCUGUCUCCUCCACCAAGAGGGGUCGAUGGGGCAGUAAAAGCAGCGCUGCCAACCCCACCACCACUACCCCCCAGCCCCUCACUCCCUACACGCCUCACUCUGCGUCCGCUGCUCCUUCUGCUGAUCCUACCUCCCCCGCUUCCACCCUCCCUUCCCCUGCUGCUGCUCCUGCUCGCACUGGUACUGCGCUGCUGCACCCGCACGCGUCGCCCGAUGUUCUGUCUCCCCGCAUGCACCCCUCUCUGGCGUUCUUUCGCUGCAUCUCGGAUCCUCUACCGUCAGGUGCCGCACCAGCCAUCGGCUCAGGAGCAUUCCCAGUGCCACUUGCAUCAUCGGCAGCAGUAGGAGGACGAGCAGCAGCAGCAGCAGCAGCAGCAGCAGCAGCAGCAGCAGCAGCAGCAGCAGCAGCAGCAGCAGCAGCAGCGGUGGGAGCGGCAGCAGGUGGGUUACCACCCCAAGCGCCGAACCCCUUUGCCCGCAGGCUAGCUCUGCUGCGGCAGCAGUUGGAGGGCUCCCAGCCCCCUGCACAAGCGCAGCAUGGCGCGGUGCUGUGGCAGCCGGGGCAGCAGAGGCUGCAGAGGCAGCAGGGGCAGCAGGGGCAGCAGGGGCAGCAGGGUCAGCAGGGGCAGCAGGGGCAGCAGGGGCAGCAGGGGCAGCAGGGGCAGCAGGGGCAGCAGGGUCAGCAGGGUCAGCAGGGGCAGCAGGGGCAGCAGGGGCAGCAGGGGCAGCAGGGGCAGCAGGGGCAAGGAGCAGUUGAAGAGGAAUUGAGUGUGGUGCGAAGGCAGCUGCUGCUGUUGAGGGGCAUGCAGGCUGCGAGUGAAAGGCAAGGGCAAGGGCGUGCUGCUUCUGGUGGUGGCGGUGGUGCUUCCGGUGGCGGUGGCGGUGGUGGUGGUGGUGGUGCUGGUGCUGCUGCUGCUAGUGCUGGUGCGGCCCAAGCGGCGUUUUCUGUGCCUGGUGGGAAUACAACUGCUCCUGCUCCCACUGCCAGUGCUGGUGGCAGUGUGGGGGUGAGGAGGUCGUGGGGAGGCAUGAGAAAGGGAGGUGGUCGUAGCGUCUCUGCAGCGCGUAGCAUGCAAGGCAUGGGCAAUAGCGUGGGCAAUGGCAUGGGCGCUAACAUGGGAACAAGUAUAGGCACUAGCAUGUGCAACAACGGCAUGGGCACUAGCACAACAAGCAACGGCAUGGGUAGUUUGGGGGGAGCAACAGUGACCUCCAGUGGGUUCAGUGAGGGCGGCUCACAAUGCAUGGUAGAGCCUUUGAUUUCACGCACGCACUCUCUGCCUCCUGCCUGUGCGCCGGUACUGCCUGCACGCAUGGCUGCUCUCGCCCGCAAGUGGGGCCGCCGCCCUGACAGCGCUGUGGGCGUAAGGGUAGGCUCGCUGGGUGCCUCUCCUGCUCCUGAUGCUGCUGCUGCUGCUGCUGCUGCUACCGCUGGUGGUAGUGGUGGUGGUGGUGGUAGUUGCGGUGGCGCUAUGGCAGGGGCUAUGGCAGGUGCUGGUGCUGGUGGUGGUGUUGCGGGUGGGGGUUGGGGAGGCAGCGGAAUUCCCAUGCAGGCGAGAGUGGAGCCUGUGGGCGCUUGCAGGAGGAAUAGCAUGGGGAGUGGUAUGGCCAGUGGCAUGGGCGGUGGCAUGGGCGGUGGCAUGGGCGGUGGCAUGGGCGGUGGCAUGGGCGGUGGCAUGGGCGGUGGCAUGGGGAGUGGCAUGGGGAGUGGCAUGGGGGGUGGCAUGGGGGGUUCAGUGGCUGUAGAGCCAGCCUGCAGCAGCAGGAGCUGGAGCCAGAGUUGUGGGCUGGGAGGCAUGCCGGCUGGAAUGGCCGCUAAAGGAGGGGCUGCUGCUGCUGUGGCUGCAGCCAACGCUGCAGCAGAGGCAGGAGGAGGAGGACGAGGAGGAAGAGGGUUAGCUGCACCAGGUGGUGAUGGUAGUCUCAAAGCUGGGAGUUCCGGGAGCCUUGGCGUUGCAGGUGCGAGUAUGGGUGAGGGAGCAGCAGGUGCGGCAAGCUGCUGGAAGCAACUGGGUUACUCAACGCAGCAGCAGAGCUACUCCAUGCAGCUCUCUCCUCCCAUCCCCUCUGCUUCUCGCGAGGACCCCUCGCCUCCCAACCCCCACUCUCUGCUGCCGCAGCUCCCCGCACGCCAUGCACACUGCACCAACCCCAGGUCGAUGGCAUGGGCGGAGGAGGAGCAGGAGGGGUUUCGGUCAGUAGGAGGAGGUGGUGUUUCACCCAGCAUGGGAAGAGGAGGAGGAGGAGGAGGUGUUUCAGUGAGUAUGGGCGGAUCGGUGGAGAUGGGAGGAUCAAUUGCAGCAAAUGGCUGGGCAGAUGAUGUUGCUUGUUCCUCUUUCCCCCCCUCGCUGCUCCUCCCACCAGAAUCCCAACCCGCCUCCGCUCCAGCUCCCAUUUCGCGCGCUCAUGCUGCAAAACGCCAGCUGCUUUUCCAGGCAUACAGACAGCAACAGCAGCAGCAGCAGCAGCAGAAGCAGGGUGAAGGAGGAGGAGAGGUGGGUGGAAUGCAGAGUGAGUUGCGGUGGAGUGCAAGGGGAGUGGGUGGAGAGUUGUCUAGGAGUGCAUGGGACGACAGCAGCGCGCAAGCCCAUGCACACGCACACGCACACGGUCAGGCAAGUGGGCUGGUCAACACGCUUGGCAUGUUCCGACAGGCAAGUGUAGGUGCUAAAUUGGCACUUCCUGUCGCUGUAGGCGCAGGAGGAGCGGGAGGAGCAGCGGGAGAGGCAGGGGCAGCAACAGGGAGAAUGGUUCCAGAGAGGAUGGCUGGUGGUGGUGGUGGCAUAGGUUCAGUGGGUAUGGCAGACGGCAAGGGAGGAAGAGGCAUGGGUGCUGGCGUGGGUGGGGGCGUGCGUGGUGGCAGCAUGAGUGGUGCGUGGAGCGAGCAUGCAGCUGCUGUGGCCAUGGGCGUGGGCAUGGGCAUGGGUGUGUCGACCUUUUUCCAGCGCAGCAGCACAGCCUCACGACCCACGGUGCCUCUUGAGGUGCAGCUGGCUCAACUGACUGCAGAGGCAGCAGCACAGCCAUGUCCCACUGGCCUGCUGGGCGCCCAUUCCCACGCCACCUGUAAUUAG